ACCUCCUCACUCACGCAUGCGCACGGCCGCCCACCCGGAGCCCAUUACAGAGAACGGGCGAUCCUGCUGUUGCCGCCUGUAGUCUUGCGGGAGAGCCAGUCCUCAGGGCAGAUGUCCAGGUUUGCGGGUGUGCGUAACCGGAGACGGGGCGGGUCAUCACCCGACCCCCGCAUCGGACCCUCAAGAGCCGGGAGACCCAAAUUGCCAAAGACGCUGCAGACUAAAAAGUGCAUAAAAACAAUAUGUAGAAAACUGUACAAAAUAAAAGAAAUUGAGAUGAGCAAGGUGGAAAAUAUUCCCCAAGCAAGCACAAGUAAAAGUGAAGAUGAGUCAGUAAAUGCUUGGAGGGAAGACAGACCAUUAAGCCCUGAUCUUCUUGCUAAGAAAGUCCAGAUGAAGAGUCAGAGUACAACAGGCCUUAUGAACAGCGAGAACUCAUCAGGAUUCACUAUGCCAAGCAAUGUUUCUUCUGUUUCACUGGUUUCCCCAUACUAUGAAUCUGAUUUCCUGGACUCCUCAGAUGCACAAAGCUACUGUUCGUCUCCCGAAACAGUCCGUGGAUUUGAUCCUCUUAAUGUCUCAAAAUGUGAGUCUGAUGCCAGCCUGCUUGACCAGACAAGGUGGAAGAAGAAGAAUUCUACACUUCUGGAAAUUAGUAAUGCAAUGCCAAUCAAUGAGCUGAUUGGACCUGCAGAAUUUUUUAUGUUCAGUCCCAUUACCAACAAUUCCUCCUUUUACCCAAGCAAAAGUUAUCCGACACAGCUGCAAGAUUCUGAGAAGUAUCUUGUAUCCACUUUAGUAUCAGGCAAGCCAUUAUGUAAAAUUAAAGGGAAUGGAAAAACCACUGCUACAAAUGAAAGGCCCAGUCUCCUACCUGAGGCAGUGCCAGCAACAGAGAAUCUGCUGACAUACACACCUCAAAAUGUGGUGAAAGCUACGAAAAUUGUGACCUUUGGCAGUCCCCUGGCUACUGUAAUCCCAUGUACUGAACUGACUGAUGAUGAGGAUGAUUUCUGCCAUCAAAUGGAUACUGAACCGAUUCCAACUAGAGCAGAAGUAUCACUUCUUUUUAAAAACCUGUUUGAAAAGCAUACUGAGAUGUUCAUUCAUCAUCCUUUUAUCCAUUUGUUAAGCGAAUCUGGCAGACAUGUUCGUAAGGACUCAUGUACUGCCAGGACGCAACGCUCGAGGUCUUCUCAUGAGAAGUGUCGUGUCCUGAAUAAGAGAAGUAAAAGUGAUCCAAAUGCAAAUAACAGGUUAAACAUUCAACCACAUUGCUCCAUCACCUGCAGUACCCCAGAUCACGGGGAACCAAGCUCCGCAAUACUGAAGACCAUAUACAGUAGUUGAAGGAGCAGCUUCACCUCCAGCCAAUCUGUUGAUAGUUAGUUUGCUGUACUCUUAGUGCACUGUACUCUUAUUGCACUGUACUCUUACUGCACCUCAAAAAUGAAUCGGUUUUAGUUGUGUUCCUUUCCAGUAUGUGUCAUGAUGAGAGACCAAAUCUAAACAAGCAUGUGGGUCACUGGUCCACGUGUUUAUACUUGGAGACUUUUUUCUUCAAGGGUAUAUUUACUAAAAUUUGAGUUUUUUUAGAAGUAGAGAUGUUGCCCAUAGCAACCAAUCAGAUUCUAGCUAUUAUCUUCUAGAAGAUGCUAGAUGAAUAUGUAAAAUAUGAUUGGUUGCUAUGGGCAACAUCUCCACUCUCCAAUCCCACACUUUAGUAAGUUUACCCCGUAGUCUAAAACUGUUACCAAUAACAUAUCUGUCUUAUCAUUUUGGUCCAUUCACAACCCAUGAAGACUGCACCAGACCGGACUGACUUGACAUAGAGAAAAUGUGACCAUGCAGUUAAGCACUUAUUAGCAUUGUUUAUCUUAUUGAACACUAACCAUUAUUACAUCAGCUACAGUAACCCCCUGGCCGAGCAAGUCCCCCUAUGUCUGCUUCUGCUUGUCAAACAGCAGUCGUAAAAAUUCUUCUGUGAACUUCUCAUUAAAGCAGAUGCAAGGCUCACUGACAUAGGCAAUAACUAAAUACGCUGUACGGACAGGAGGAGAGUGUAGACACAUACAUUAAGGCCUGGCUGAUCGAGAAGAAUGCUGUAUCAUCUUCUAAAGCAAAGAAGAAAAAAAUCCUCAUUGUGGAAAUUCACCUCUUGGUGGCGUUUAUUAAGAUAAUGCUUUGUGCACAAACGCUGUAACCCAUUUUGUUUUAUUUGUAAAACUGCACUUCAAAAAAUGGAUGCCGUAAAUACAGUAUGUACACGUAGCAAUAUUUAAUUGUUUGAGCCCCAUUAAGUCACUUCCUGCCUAAGGGAAAAUAGGAAAACUUUGUUUGACAGAUUUGAACGCAAACUGAUUUAAACAUCUUGUGGAUAAACAAAACUACAUGUUCUAUGUGACUGAUGAAUCACCUUGGUGUAUGUAACCCCUGACUAUUUUUCCAGCAGAACUUUUGGAAGAGCUAUUGUAUAUAGGGGAUCUAUUUACUAAGCCUUGAACGGAGAUAAAGUACCAGCCAAUCAGCUCCUAACUGCCAUGAUAAAGGCUGUGUUUGAAAAAUAACAGAUAGGAGCUGGUUGGCUGGUACUUUAUCGCCGUCCACUUUAUCUCUGUCCAAGGCUUAGUAAUAGACCUAAAAACUGUUUUCUCCUUCCCUACCUGAGAAAAAUCCAGGGAUCGUAGAUUGAACGUUUAAGCUGCGCUUCAUAACUUAGUGUUUUUGCCGUUUUCUGUUACCAUUAAAAUGCAUGUUUGUAAAAAGAGAAAAAAGUUAUAAAAUACAGUUAUUUGAAUUUGAA